AUGGCGGGCAACUCGACGGCCGCGGACAUCGACCCCAACGCCAGCAAUGUCCACCUCGUCUACAUUCCGGCCGGCGUCUUCGUCGUCAUCUGCCCUCUCCUCAUGGCGCUGCGCAUCUGGGCUCGCCUGAGGAAGGGAGGCAGCAUGGGCGCCGACGACUGGACGGCGAUAGCGGCUCUCAUAUUCACGCUCCUGACAAGCGGUUUCCUCGUGGCCUCUUGUCAGUAUGGCAUGGGAAAGCACUGGGCCACAGUUGUCGGCCACAACAGGUUUGAAACCAUGAAGUACUUCUUCAUGGCCCAAAUCACGUACAAGGUCUCCAUCAACCUCGUCAAGUGCUGCAUCCUCCUCCUCUAUCUUCGCCUCUUCCGCAUCGUCCGAUGGUUCCGCUGGGCCUGCUGGGCCAUCCUCGCCGCCGCCAUCAUGUACUGCAUCGCGUCCGUCGCCGUCACCAUCUUCCAGUGCCGGCCCCUGAUCCGCGCCUUCGACAAGACCGUCCCCGGCAGCUGCAUCGACACGGCCAAGUUCUGGUACGCCAACGCCGGCUUCUCCAUCGCUACGGACGUCAUCAUCCUGCUGCUGCCUAUGCCGCUCGUGUGGAAGCUCGAGGUGCCCAUCGCGCAAAAGGUCGCCCUCAUGGCAGUCUUCGCCAUCGGUGUCUUCGUCGUCAUCACCUCGUGCCUGCGCGUCACGACGCUCGAUAUCCUCGCCACGACGCCCGACCAGACGUACGACAUCGCAAACGUCAUGUGGACCAUCGUCGAGCCCAACGUCGCCGUCGUGUGCGCCUGCCUACCGAUCCUUCGCCCCUUUAUCGUCAAGAUCUUCCCCAUGCUCCGCAGCAAGGGAUACUCGGGCGCCUACGGCACGCCGGGCUACGGCACUGGCAAGUCCCGCGUCACGACCGGCAGCCAGGCGAGGGGCGGCGGCCGCGACUGGGUCGAGCUCGGCGGCGUCAAGUCCCAGGGCGUGCACCUCGCCUCGAUCCACCGCCCGAGUUCCAACACGGGCAGCGAGGAGAGCAUCCUGGCGGGAACGCAACCAACCAAGGGCCCAGCUGCAGGCGGCCCUGGCAUCCAAAAGACGGUGGAGUACAGCAUUCAGUAUUCAAAACAGUAG